AUGGAUGGAGAGCGACUUACACUGGCUGUUAUAAAGACAAAGAGUGCUGGCGGUGAAUCCAGAGUCUACGUAUAUAGAGAUGGAGACCAGUGGAAGGAUGAUAAAGAGGGUGACCAUAAAAAUAAGUUGACUGCUCUAAAGGAAAGGUGCAAGCCUGGAGAAACUCUAGACAUUUCAAAGAGGGAGGAUACAGAUAUAGGUAGCUACUAUAGCACUUGUCCUGAUUCUGGAGAGAUUGAUCACAGUUUUACCUUUCCUUCUGCCAGAGUAACAAAAGUUGUAGAAGGUGAUUAUAUCAUUUGGAGAGCCACUGCAGACACUGACCAAAAGUGCACACAUGCACAAAUUGCCGUUGUGGGAGAUAGAGAAACUUUGACGCUAACGAUACAAUCUGAUAGGGAAAGAGUAAUAAAAUUCAGGAAGGAAGGUCGUAGAUGGCAAAGGGUUUAA